UGAAGCGGUGCGGUUAGUCACCCGCAUGUAAACGAAGCAAACCGCAAACCCAGUUCAUCGCUCUGGUCUGAUCCAAACUUUGGCGCUCGAACCGAAAACGAGCCCUAACUAAGCAAUUCAUUGAUCGAAUCUCUCAAACAAAAAAUUCCCCUAAUUCCGCAUGCACUGUGAAAUUUGAAUUAUCAGCGAAUAAAGCCUCUCACUGAAAAUAGAGAGCUAGCGAAGAAGAAGAAAAACCCUAAUUUUAUUUUCUGGGUUGGGGUUUUUCUUCAACAAUGGAUGCCAAAGACAUCCUGGGCUUGCCCAAGAACUCUCUCCCUAUUCCCCAAGAGAAAAAAUCUAGACCCCCAAAGGACUCUCAGCGAAAGCCCGAUGGCAUUUCUCGUGAGGUGUAUGCACUUACGGGUGGUUUGGCGCCUCUAAUGCCCGCGAUCGAUUCGUCUCAAUUGAAAAAGCAGCCUCCAAAGGACGAGAAGAUCACUUGGCAGUGGCUUCCUUUUACAAAUUCUGCUCGAAAAGAUACUUUGCAGCUUUAUCACUGGGUCAGGGUUGUAAAUGGUGUUCCACCAACAGGUGACUAUUCCUUUGCCAAGUAUAACAAGUCUGUUGACAUUGUCAAAUACACGGAUGAGGAGUAUGAGAAGUACUUGAAUGAUCCUGGAUGGACCAAGGAGGAGACAGAUCAGUUGUUUGACUUGUGCCAACGAUUUGAUCUCCGCUUUAUUGUGAUAGCUGACAGGUUCUCAUCAUCUCGGACCGUGGAGGAAUUGAAGGAUCGUUAUUACAGUGUUUGUCGAGCCAUAGUGGUUGCUAGAGCUCCAGCUCUUGGAGACAUUUCUGGGAACCCUCUUGUUAAGGAACCUUACAAUGUUUCACAAGAGAUAGAACGCAAGCGAGCAUUAUCCAUGGUCCUCUCUCAAACAAAACAUCAAGAGCGAAAAGAUGCUGAGGUUCUUGCUGAGGCAAAAAGAAUAACUGAGUCACGGAUGGCUGCAAAGGUAGCUGAAGAGUCUGAAUUGCCUGUCCCAUCAAAUGCUGGUCCAGAAAGUGCUGAGAGAGCUAGUUUUCCGGGUGAUACUGUAUCACCUUCAUCCAAUGUUCAGCUUCCCUCUGCAACAAUUGCAUCUUCAGCAUUAACAGCGGACAAUGCCUCUACUCUAGCUUCUCUUCGCAUGCUUCGAGUGUAUUUGAGAACAUAUGCACUUGACCAAAUGGUGCAAGCUGCAAGCUCAUCUGCUGGACUUCGGACAAUAAAGCGGGUUGAGCAAACUUUACAAGAACUUGGGGUCAAUCUAAAACCAAGAGUUCCAACCAAAUCAGUUUGUGCAGAGCAUCUCGAAUUAAGAAAAGAAAUAUUGACUCUGCUGAAUCUUCAGAAACAGUUGCAAUAUAAGGAGGCAGAAGGUUCAUCUUUUCGUGAUUGCUCAUAUGCUGAUACACCAAGCACGCCUAAGCGUUCAAACCGUGGUGGGGAUCAGGAUAGGACCUUUGUUCCUGACAUGAGUUUUGGAGUAAUACUCAGAAUCAUGUAUUAUUGGUAUAUCAGGAGAAAGAGUUGGCAAAAGGGACCAGAAACGCAAGGCACCUGGAAGGUUAUCAGAUGCUCCAUCAUCGCCAGCUCAGUCUAAAAGGCCCCGAAAAUUAAAGGCGUCAGAUCUAUGAAUCUAAAGAAUAUCGAGUAUGAUGUUUUGUGGCAGUCAGAAGUAGAAGCACUAACUCAUGACCAACUCAUGUUCCUUAUAGGGAAGUUUAGUUUGUGUAACUUACCUAAAAAAUAAGUUUAGCUCAAUUAUCAUUCUUACUUUAGUUAAGUUUAUGCCGUGAUGUUUGUAGCAAGGUGGGGAAAUAGCGAGCUCUGUGAAUGAUGAAUUUCUUGUACAUAAGAAACUAGUGGUUGACCCGUGUGAGGCAUGGGAAUAGUUCUUGUAGAAGUUUUUAUUUUUUUAGUACAAUUAUACAAUGACUUAUAUUCAAGCAUACUAAUUUCUCA